AUGGCAACUGAGUAUUGGAAUCUUCUCCCUGCAGACGCCAGGCGGUCCAUGAACAAGGUUGUGUUUGUGGUUUUCACCCCCUCACUGGUGUUUGCAAGUGUGGCCAAGACUAUUACAUUUGAAGACAUUAUUUCAAUGUGGUUUAUGAUCGUAAACGUGGGGCUUACAUUUUUAUUUGGAGGGAUUCUUGGAUGGAUUUUGGUAAAGAUAGUCAGACCAAAACCUUAUCAGGAAGGCCUGGUAAUGGCUGCAUGUUCAUCAGAGGAUGGGAACCCAUUUGGCGAUCAUAGUGUUUGUAAAAGGGUUGGACUCUCAUAUGUGUCUUUUUCCAUGGCGGCUUGGGGUUUCUUCAUCUGGACUUACAGUUACCAGCUGAUACGAACUUCAGCGAUGAAAUGGAAAGCGCUUCAAGCAAUUGAGGCAGCUGAGGAGGCCUCAAAGAAUCCCAACAGUGAUUUAGACGCUGAGGGGAAACUCCCCUUCUCAAGGGAGAAGAUGAAGAGCAGGAUAGUAGCCGAUGAAUCAGACGUACCAUUCAGCCGAAAAGUAGUAGCAUUUGUUAAGCAGCUUUUACAUGAGUUACUGGCACCACCAACAGUAGCUGCGAUUGUGGGAUUUUUUAUUGGGUCAAUUCCAUUUCUUAAGAAGCUAAUAAUUGGUGACAGCGCCCCCCUGCGGGUGAUCGAAGACUCUAUUACACAACUUGGGAAUGGAACCAUCCCUUGUAUCACACUUAUUCUUGGAGGCAACCUCAUCCAAGGUUUACGCAAAUCGACGAUCAAAAUUCCUAUCAUCAUUGGAGUGAUCAUUGUUAGAUACGUAGUAAUGCCCGUGAUUGGUAUCGGGAUUGUAAUAGGAGCAAGCAAGGUUGGGUUUCUCCCAUCAGACCCUCUGUUCCAUUUUGUGCUGAUGGUUCAGUUUACCCUGCCACCUGCGAUGAAUAUUGGAACCAUGACCCAGCUGUUUGAUGUGGCUGAGGCAGAGUGCUCAGUGAUCUUCCUGUGGACAUACUUGGUUGCAGCCUUGGCACUUACUAUUUGGUCAACAGUCUAUAUGUGGCUCUUGUCUUGA